UUCAUUUUGUCGGUGAUAUCUCUAUAUGCACACAUCUAUCUCUAAAUAAUAUACUAAUAUUUAGAACACCAGCAUUCAGAAAAGAAAAAAAAUACAGAAAAUCAUAAGAUGGGUAAAACAAUGGAUGCUCUGUUGGGAAAGAACUUCAAAACCUCGAAAUUCAAAAACUUGGUGGAGCUUGUUUCGUCAAGAAUUGCUGUUUUGGAGAAGCAACACCGUUUCAAGUGCAUGCAAGCACAGUCUGACGUUGUUUCUCUCCUUAGACUUGGUCACCAAGAAAGCGCUUUUCUUCGGGUGGAGCUUGUGAUCACAGAGCAAGACAUGAUGGAUGCAUAUUCCAUGAUUGAAAAUUUCUGCCACCUUCUGGUGGAAAGAGUGGUGUUGAUUGAGAAUAACAGAGAGGUUCCUCAUGAUCUAAAGGAAGCCAUAUCGAGCUUGAUAUUUGCAGCCUCAAAAUGUGGAGAGGCUCAAGAGUUGGAAAAGAUCAGUAGAAUGUUCAUCAAAAGAUUUGGUAAGGAGUUUGCCCAAAAUGCUGUUAAUCUGUGCAAUUACUGUGGAGUUUGUCCAAAGAUUGUAAGCAAACUUUCAACUGAAAGACCGAGAUUGGAGACCAAACUGAUAAUGUUAAAGGAAAUUGCUUUUGCAAAUGGAAUUGAUCUGCACAUUGAGGGAGAAGAAACUAUGGUCAUUACUGAAGGGAUGAAUUUAGACAGAAACGAGAAGGAACUUGAACCCCGUGAAUCUGCUAACGAUGGUAAUGAGCAAAACCAAGGUGAAAUUAACUCUGAAAAAGCUAAGCUUAUAAAGAAAUACAGAGAUUUCAAGGCUUCUGACAUCCAUGAAGUACGACAUGGGAAUGAUCAUUUGUCUAUUAAUGAGAAAACACAAGGUGAAAACAUCCCUGAAGAUGUUAUGCUCAUGAAGAAAUCCAGAGAUCCCAAGGUUGCUGGCGAUGAUUGUUUGUCCAUUAAAGAGCAAAAACAAGGUGACAGAGUUCAUGAUCAACAAGAUCUGCAAAGGAGUAAUUACACAGAUUUCAAGGCUGCAGCUCAAGCGGCUUAUAAGCUGGCUUCUCAUGCAGCAGUAACUGCUAGAGCAGCUGUUGAACUGGCUCAGCCUUCCGACAAAGGUCCUGAUGAUCGUCCCAGAAAAUCUAUUGAAAGGAAAAUCUUAACACAGUCUCAUGAGUGUUCAAAGUCAGACCAUUCAGUUCAAGGGAAUGAGGUUUCAGAGAAGAAGUCCCAUAACAAUGAGUUAGAAACACAGAAAAACCAUGUUAAAGUCAUCUCUAGCUCCAGUUCAGAACGUGAAAAAAUUGAAACAAAUAGUAGAGGCCAUCUUAAGGGAGACUGAAAAGCAAAGUACCAGACUACAUAUUAAAGAAAAUUCAUAAAUAUUAUAUCUUACAGCUCAUUAUUUCUUCCGAGUAAUCGAUCCAAAGAAGUUAUAAGCCAAAGUUGUGAGAGAGGUCUAGUCGGAGUAUUUCGGCUCUAAGAUGUGGAAACUAAGGUUAAAAAAGAUUUCGCUUGGGUGUAUGUUGUGUAAUGUGUUUUUGGCUGGUAAAUCAUUGGAAUUUUUUUAGUUGGAAACAACAAGGGAAAGAAAGAAAACCCAUUAUGAGUAAGCUGUGUAAUUAUGUAAGAUAAUAUGAAUUGUUGUAAAUGUAACUGCUGAGUGUGAAGGUAAUGAAAAGAAGUUUCUAUAAUUGUGCAUGGCAUCUAAAUUUCAAAGAACUCAGUACACCCUCCUCCCCCUUUUUUUUUUUUGAGUAAAAUAAAAACCUCAGACUACAUAACAAAGUAAAUUAAGCUCAAUAGAUAGUUCCAUUGGCAAAGCAAGACUAG